AUGAGCUACGAGCCCCUCCCACCCAUGCCAGGCGCAUGGCCAUCAGACGACACAGCCCCCACCUCCCCUCUAACCUUCACCCUCUCUGACUUCAUCUCCGCCGCAAGCAUUGCGCAAACCUACAUCGAAACCACACUCCAGCAAUCCAAAUCCCAAGUCUGGCUCUCCGAAACCAUGACAAACAUGACGCUGUUCACCUACGCCGAGGAACUCGUCGAGAAAUCGGUGGCGUAUGUUACCUAUAUCGCUCCCUACAUCGGUUUCUGGCCAGAAGACCAGUUCCCGCCUCCGCUGGCCGAUGGGGUCAUUCUGUCUUAUACUUUGGAGGAAGUAGGUUUACUUCGGGCGAUAUUACGGUAUUCGCGGGAGACUGGAUUAGAUGAUGAUGCGGUUAUGACGCUGCAGACUUUCAAAGAGGGCAUGGAGACAUAUCGGCUCACAAAGAGCAUCCAGGGGCUGGUUGCGUCGUAUAUUGAGUUCGGGAAUACGAAUUCGGAUGAAUCACCGCGGAUCUGGGAGACGGCAGAGGUAAGGGAGUUUGCGGUUAGGCGCGUUGAGGAUGGAGAGAGUGGCUAG